AUGACAGAACGUGGGAGCGAAGGCUCUCAGCCGCCUUCUCCACGCUCUGUUCGACGGCCGCAUCCUCUGAGUCGGAAUCAAUCUAUGGGCGAGCCGGACGAACGAUCACCGCUUCUCACGACCUCGAGAUCACGAAUUCGCAUCGCAGGACCUAGCUCGAGUCGGGGUCAAAAUCCGUCUCUCUCCAGAGACCAGAGCUACACAGGUGGAGGUGGAUAUCAUGGUUCACGACAUCACAGCCGACACCCUUCAUGGGGCUCGAGAAUAAUACACGCCCUAUCAGAUCGUCACGAGUCCUCCAUGGCCGAGUCAAAAGGCACCAUUUUCCCCGACGAGCGCGUGUGGUACGAUCAAUUCACCAGUACCGACUGGGUCCACGACGCCAUUGCCGAUUCAUAUCGUGUCAAGCAGCUGCGAAGUCGAAAGGAUGUUUGGGGUCGGGUUCGUAUCAUAUUUGACGGUGCCCAAGGCUGGAUACUCAGUGCUCUGAGCGGCUUCAUUGUCGCCUUGAUGGCUUACACGGUUGAUGUUGCCGAAUCAUCCGUGUUUGACUUCAAGGAUGGUUACUGUUCUCGGGCUUGGUAUCUCAACAGACAGAGGUGCUGCCCGGAUGGUGUCUGUGAAGACUGGACAACCUGGUCUUACACCCUGGGCUAUCCUUUUGGAGAUAUCUGGAGCAGCUUCAUCAUCUACAUGGUGUUUGUUCUCAUUCUUGCGCUUCUUGCAUGCUGGAUCACUCUCUGGACCAAGACGGUCGUGCCUUCGGCCUACCAUCUCACGACGCUUGACGAGAACCUCGCUGCCGAUAAUCCACAGCAGACCUACGACGAACCUGCCAGCAGCGAAUCUUCGACUCCUCGACAAGUUGCCGACUCGAAGCCGGAAAAUCCGCCCAUGAUUUACUAUUCUGCGGCAGGAAGUGGAGUGGCUGAAGUCCGUGUCAUUCUGAGCGGUUUCGUUCUUCACGGGUUCCUCGGUGUCAGGACUCUCUUUAUCAAGAUGGUUGCCUUGAUCCUUAGUGUUGCAUCAGGGAUGAGUCUUGGAAAGGAGGGCCCAUAUGUCCACAUGGCUGCUUGUGUGGGCAACAUUCUUUGUCGUAUCUUUUCAAAAUACGACCAGAACGACGGCAAGCGACGAGAAGUUAUUUCGGCCGCUGCUGCCGCCGGUGUCGCUGUGGCUUUUGGUGCUCCUCUGGGAGGAGUUCUCUUCGGCCUGGAAGAAGUAUCGUACUUUUUCCCAGCCAAGACGCUGUUCAGGACAUUCUUCUGCUGCAUCGUCGCAGCUCUGUCACUGAAAUUCCUCAACCCAUACGGCACCCACAAGAUCGUUCUGUUCGAAGUGCGGUACCUCGUUGACUGGGAAUAUUUCGAGCUUGUCAGCUUCAUCUUUGUAGGAAUCAUUGGCGGCGCCGUCGGAGCCCUCUUCAUCAAGGCCUCCAAGUACUGGGCUCAGACCUUCCGACGAAUCAAGGUGAUCAAGAAGUUCCCACUCCUUGAAGUGUUUCUCGUGGCCUUGGUGACAGGUCUGAUGAGCUACUGGAAUGCCCUGACGAGGCUCCCUGUUGCCGAGCUUCUUCUGAACCUGGCCUCACCCUGCGACGGGUCAGACAUGGACUGGGAAGAGCAAACACUGUGUCCCAAGUCCAUUGAUGACAUCCCCCCAAUCCUUCUUCACCUAUUUGUGGCGCUCUUGAUCAAGGGGUUCUUGACAGUCAUUACUUUUGGAAUCAAAGUACCUGCUGGAAUCUACGUCCCGUCCAUGGUUGUAGGAGGCCUGAUGGGCAGAAUUGUUGGCCAUUUUGUGCAAUGGGCUGUGCUCCGAGUCCCUGAUUGGGGCGUCUGGGGCAAUUGUGCAUUCAGCCAGGACGGAUCUUGCAUCCAGCCUGGCGUGUAUGGUCUCAUUGCGGCCGGUGCUACAAUGUGCGGCGUAACGAGAUUGUCUGUAACACUGGCUGUCAUUCUGUUUGAGCUCACCGGUAGCCUCGAUUAUGUGCUGCCAUUCUCACUUGCCAUUCUUGUGGCCAAGUGGACGGCAGAUGCUAUCGAGCCCAACAGUAUCUAUGACCUCCUUACGAGCAUGAACUCGUACCCAUUCCUGGAUAACAAGCACAAGCCGAUUUUCACGGAAGAUCUCGCAGACAUUGUUCCACGGAUUCGACGAGAGCGUCUCAUCGACAUUACCAACUCGCCGUUGGUGCCUGCAACCAGCCUGCGAGUCAAGCUCGAGCUUCUGCACCGAGCUGGUGAGCUUGAUGGAGGUUUGCCCAUCGUGCGACAUGGUAUCCUGGUGGGCUUGAUUCCUGUUCCUGAUCUAGGAUAUGCGCUGGAUCAGCUGGUGGAAGAAAGUACGGAUCUUUGCUUGAUGGACCGGAUCCCCAGCAUUGACGAGGACAACGGCGUAUUCGAUCCGACUGACUUUACGCCAUACAUUGAUCCCGCACCAGUUGCGCUCGAUAUUAAGUCGCCGAUGGAUUUGGUUUACGAACUGUUCUCCAAGUUGGGUCUUCGAUACAUAUGUGUUCUGAAAGACGGCAAAUACGCCGGAAUGACCCACAAGAAGACUUUUGUCAGGUAUAUGCGCGAGCAUGGGAGCGAGUAA